UAAUUGAUAGAUUCUGAUAAGGUAAGGAUAUACCCAACCGUGAAGAUCGGCCAUUGCUUUGCUCGUCGAGUUCCACAGAGAGAGAGGGACAGAGAUUAGCGUGGGAGGAACCGGACAUGUUUGAACACAUAACUGCAAACGAACUGGCGGGCUAUGGCGUGGGCGCUCUGCUCCUUUGCGCCACUAUUUCUGCCCCAAGAAUCGACGCCCUCAUUUCUGCUUCCCAGAGAAGCUCUCUAGGAAUGUGCAAAAGAUGCGGCGAUCUGAGGAUGAUAGCAUGCUCAAAAUGUAAAGGAGCAGGAUUCCUUAAACAAGGCGGACCGUUGGACUUCGUUGCUGUUGGUGACCUUGCUCAAACAUACAGGGCCAGAUCAAACAUAAAAUCCAGUGGCUGCACGGGUUGUAAAGCCAAAGGCCGUUUUAACUGUCCUGACUGCUCUAACCUUGCUCAGAAUUGAUCUUCUUCAUGCCAUGCAAAAGCAUAUCUCCUGUUUGCUCUUGCAAACUUAUAGUUUUUAAAGGUGUUUUUUUUUUUCUCUUUUGGUGGUUCCAUGGGGAUAUGUAAGACAGAAUUCGAUUGCCAACUGCUUCUUAUAUAAUAAUCAACAUGAUUUAGCCUUUCCUAUCUUA